CAUACUGGGUAAAGAGGACAUGGAGACACAGGACGUCAAGCUAAAAGUGCACAACAGUGAGGCAGAGGCAGAUCUAAAUGGGAGCAUUAAAACACUGAAGCAAACAAUGGAGAACGGGUUCUUGUGUCCUGAGCCACAAGGUCUUAGGAAAGAUGAACUGGGGAAAGUAAAAGUGCUGUCAUCCAGGAGAAAAGAUAGAGACUGGAUUAAAAUAGAUCAACCAGAAGAAGAGAAGACUGCUACUGAAAGGAAGGACUGGAGUAAAGAGCUGAGGCACAUCAAAAAAGAGUUUUGGGAGAACGAGCGGGGAAGGAAAGAAUGGGUGGAUAAAGAAACGUCAGCAGAAAAGAUCAGUUCACCGAGGAAGGAGGAUUGGAUAAAAGAGCUGAAGUCAGUUAUCAAAGAUGAAUCCCUGCCCAAAAAGAAAGACGAGCAGGUGAAGAAAAAGAGAGUGGUGCUGCUGGAACAUGGUUGCUCAUAUGUCCCUCAGCGAGAGGCGAUGACUGCAGAGACGAUGGAAGAGAUCAAGUUGACCUCCGACAGGAGAGCGGACAGUCCUGUGGUCCCUGUGGACAGUAAAACACUGGAGAACCAGCCCUAUGAAAUCUCCCUGUAUGUCAAGGCAGGAAGUGAUGGACAGAGCAUCGGAAACUGUCCUUUCUCUCAGAGACUCUUUAUGAUCCUGUGGCUAAAAGGAGUCAUUUUUAAUGUCACCACAGUCGACCUCAAGCGGAAGCCGGCUGACCUCCACAACCUUGCUCCAGGAACCAACCCUCCCUUUGUGACCUUUAAUGGUGAAGUCAAGGUUGAUGUCAACAAGAUAGAAGAAUUCUUGGAGGAGAAACUAACUCCACCCCGAUAUCCCAGACUGGCUCCCAAACAUCCGGAAGCUAACACAGCUGGCAUUGACAUCUUUGCCAAAUUCUCAGCGUACAUCAAAAACACAAGAAAAGACACAACGGAUGCCUUACAGAAAGCUUUGUUGAAGUCUCUUCAGCGCCUUGAUGACUUCCUAAGGACUCCCCUGUCUGAAGAGAUUGAUGCUGAUGUCUUAGGAGAUGUGCCAGAGUCAACUAGGAGCUUCCUAGAUGGGCCAGAGCUCACCUUGGCUGACUGCAACCUGCUGCCCAAACUCCACAUUCUAAAGGUUGUAGCUAAGAAAUAUCGUGGCUUUGAGAUUCCUCAGGAGAUGAGAGGCGUGUGGCGGUAUUUGAACUGUGCCUACCAGAGAGAGGAGUUCACCGGCACCUGUCCCGCUGAGAGGGAGAUUGAGUUUGCCUAUUUGCAUGUUGCAAAAUGAAUUAAACAAAAUGUAGGGCAGCGCAGAAAUCAAGGAAAUCAAGAAAUAUGAAAAGAACAUAAGGAAAACUAGUAAAGAGGAAAGCACUAACACACGGGUGUGUGUGUGUGUGUGUGUGUGUGUGUGUGUUCUUGUCUAGCUAUCUUUGUGAGGACCGAAAUCUGCAUUCUACUAUACUUGUGAGAACCAGC